AGAGAGGCGAAGUGAGCCAAAAAAACCCCACUGGCCUCUGAGCAAAGACUGAUAGUGAAACAAGCAGAAUGUUCUGGAGCUACAAGUCGGAGCAGAGCUUUUUUUUAAUCCAAGCAAAGAGAAAAAAAACAUAUUUUAACGCAGCAAGUACAUUGCUACUGACUCAGAGCGAGUUUGUUUUCUUGUAUCUUGUUUGCAGGGGAGGCAUUCUAUGAAGUGUAUUUCGCAAGAGAAGUAGGCAGCGACUGUAUUAGAUUCAGCCUCGGUUUAUUGGCUUCGGGAGAGCAAACAAUGUCAGGCAGAGAGUUUCUUGUUCUUGUUCUUUUGCUGUGUUUGUGUUUAAAUGGGAGUUCAGUCAAGAGCCAGGGUUUCCCCCAGGAUGGCUUUCUCAUCCAGUACCUGGAGAGGAGGUUGACUCAGAUGGAGGAGCGUCUAAACCAAUGUGAGCAAAACACAGUGAGCAUAACCCAGAAGACCUAUGAUCUGUCCUCAGGAAUGAGAGGCCAUCUGUCCGCCCUCAAUGUUAUGAGAUCAGAGGUGAAGAAUCAGCUGGAGAGUAUGUCUGUACGUGUCGACCGGAUGGAGCGAGAGCUAGAAUAUCUGGAAAACAAGAUGCCUGCCCUUUCCGACAUUGAGAUGGAGGAGGCACUGAUUGAACAACAGAUAAAAGCUGCAGAACUGGACCAGCUCAAAAAGAAAGCUAAAAUCCAAGUGGAAAAUGAUUGUAACGCAGCCUUGAGCCAAAUCAAGUCGCUCAAAAUUGUGAAGAAGAUGGGAGACACUUCUGGUUCCUGGUUUAAGGACCCUUCAGAUGGAUCGAACAAGGUAUACGUGCUGAGUGGAAUUCGUAACGACACUCUGUUGGAGUAUGAAUCUCUACAAAGCUUCUUGGAAAAGACCUCUGCACCACCGGCCAAAGUGAUUCAACUCCCAUCUCCAUGGCAAGGCACGGGUCAUCUGGUCUACAAUGGAUUUCUCUACUACCACAGAGCUGACACGCUGAAUCAGAUCCUGAAAGUAGACCUAUCGAAUGCUUCAGUGGUGGACAGCACUCUUCUUCCAGGAGCAGGUCGUCUUCCGGUCUACAGCUUGAACUCCAACACCUACUUGGACAUGGCUGUGGAUGAACUAGGUCUUUGGGUCAUCCACGCUGACCCUGAAUACGGUGGAAACUUGGUCCUAACUAAGCUUGACAAAGGAAACUUGGCAGUAGAGUACAUCUGGGAUACGCAGUGUAAAAGUCAUGAUGCUGAAGGAGCUUUCAUAAUAUGUGGAACUCUCUAUGUGGUCUUCAACACGCAUUAUGGCGGACGGUCCACCGUGCAGUGUCUCUAUGAUAUUCACGACACCACCCACAGUGCUGAGAGUCCUGUGGUGUUCUUCCCCAAGCGAUACACAAGCCACAGCAGCAUCCACUACCAUCCAAGAGACAACCAGCUAUACGCCUGGGAUGAUGGAUACCAGACAAUAUACCAAGUGGAGAUGCACAGCAAUGAUCAAGUUACCGCUGGAUGAUACUCUUUUUCCAUGAAGAAUACACGUACAAUUACACACCAUUAGCCCGUACAUAUACAGUACCAAAUACUUAAGAUUGUUGUCUUUCUCUUGAUAUUUUGCUGCCAUUUGGUCAAACUAGUUAGACAUGAGCAUUUUGUAAGACUGUAAUAAAAAGCAUUUUAAUGAUGA